AUGAGUGGCGCUCCCAGCAACAGAGCCGACAGGGGCUUCCACAACGAGGACUGGCAACCUGUUCGGCAUAAGCAUUCUAAGGAUGCAGGGUGGAGUCUAUUCGUUGGAAACCUUGCAUUCACCAUUACAAAAGACGACAUUUGGAAGCGAUUUGGUCAGUUUGGGGAGAUUUUAGAUGUCUACAUCCCUACUUUUACAGUCUCAGGAAGAAGAAAAGGCUACUGGUUCGUCAAAUUUAGGAGGAAGGAGGAAGCAACUUCUGCUAAGGAUAUGCUUCACAACAAAUUUCUAGCCAGACGGAGGAUAGUUGUUAGGGACGCCAUUCAGAGACAUGAAGAUUUCAAAAGGAAAAAUCAGUCAAGCUGCAACAAUGCCCACCAGCCAACAGUCACUACUCAGUUAGGUGCUUAUCAGGAAUUCAGACCUCUCCAUGGAAGUAACACCAUCUCCUCAGAUAGUAACAUGCCUGAUAGUAUGUGCAGAGCUUCUCAGCAAAUUCAGACCCAUCUUUCCACCCCAUGGAUUCAACCCAAUAAGGCUAUUAUGGAAGCCUCAGACAAGUGGCUCUCUGGCAUGAAAGACGUCUUUAAUGACAACUCGAGGAGUCCAAUCAUUAGCCCUCCUCUUCUUCCCCUCACAUAUUCAGCUAGCUGUGAUGCAGUCCAUCACAAUACAACAAAAACUACAACCCGAAGAAAUGAGCUGCUAGCCCAAGUUGCAGUCAUGGAUAAAUGA